GAUUUGAAAGCAGCACACCAACCACACAAGUUAGCUCCCUUCAAAUUUUCGUAGACAAAUUUUUAGUUUUACAUUUAAUUUACUUUUUUUUUUGAAUCGCGAUGAGCUACACAAACCUCCUGCGCCAUCAGAAUGUGGUGGAUGACUGCCAGCGGGUGAGCUGCAACCGCAGUCCGCCGGUCACUGUCACCGGGCGCUGUGUGAUCAGCCGGGACAUCGUGAUCGGCUGCCGCAUGGAGCAGUGCGACCCGGACAUGCCCUACAUGCUGGAGCCGACGUGGGGCGUCUACCUGCGCCCAGGCCGCGAUGGCGCCGACCUGUCGCGGUUCGUGCGGCGCGUCACCUUCAAGAUGUCGCCGCGCCUGCCGCUGCGACUGCACGUGGCGGACAGCGCGCCGUUCGAGAUCGGCGAGGUCCUGGGCAGCGACUUUCCAUUGGAGGUGCAGGUGCAGUACAUAGAUGCCCGCAUGUCGGCCACCUCGUACAUCUUCCGGCCGCGCGUGGUGCGCGAGGGUCACGCCGGUAUCUGCGAGGAGAUGCUCGACAAGAUGAUAUUCGUCAAUCCCUCACCCAUGAUGAGACAGAACCUGACGCCCGUGCUCGUGCCCAGUGCAAAUGGUCCGCCCAGGGCAUCGCCCCAGUUCGCAAUGGAUUCCGCCGUGCCGGAGGCACCGGGGGAGCAAAAGGAACAGGACCGGGACCGGGAGCAGGUGGGCGAUGUGGCGCGACCCUCGCAGACGCCGGCAAAGCAGCCCAAGAACCGCCUAAGUGUGGGCAUACCUCACUCCAUCGGCCAGUAGUAUACAUUGGGCUCCAUGAAAGGAACAACUGGGAAUGUUUGUUGUCCUGGCAUGCGAAAAUUUGUGCAGUUACUGGAUUGGCAUUGGAUACGUUUAAAUUACUACAUAAAUUAUAAAUUUAUUUUACUUUUAAGCCAACUGCUUAUGC